GGGGGGAGGGGCGAGGCUGAGCUGGUUAGUCAGGGAGGCAGAGCUGUAAGCUGCAGGGCCUUCCACCUGGCCUUGUGCAUUCAGGCACUCUACAGCGUAGAGCUCAGAACUGUUAGGCGUACCUCAGAGAGCCCUCAUAGGCACUCCAGGUCAGCCUUCCUGCAGAUAGGCUGUCUCUUUCUGAACCUCAGUUUCCACCUUUGUCACAAGUCUUCAGGUGCUGUCUCUCUGUGUCCCAGGCCCCUUUGCCUUACUGGACCCCCUGAGACCUGGCUGCACAGCUGAAGGAGCUGGGCUACCUAGCCUACUCCAGGGAUGCAGGGAUUCCAUACCUCAGCAGUUGCUUAGAGGCUCUUGAAAGUCUGAGUGCUGGCCCAAACCUGGGGAACCCAUGCAGGGACACCAGUUUGGGAGUUCUCUGCCUCGAGCCUAAGAAGUGGCACAGCUAGUAACCACUUAAUGUGUCUCAGAGUCUAAGAGGCCUCCUGGGGAAUGGCAGACCUAAGGUGAGGGAAGUGAGGCCUGACAGGAGACGGUUGGGAAGGCCCCAAGCUUUCCCACAGCAUAGGUCCCAAAGGAAAGGCCUCAGUACUGGGGACAGUGUGAGAGGGAGCACAUGUUCAAUUCCUGCUCUUGGGGAAUGGCAUCAUGUGGAGGACACGCUGGGUGGCCAGGACACAGCUGUAGAUCCAGUGUGGAAAAGACAACAGGGAGUUAGCAUCUGCCCAGUGUUCUGAAAGGUCUGGGCAGGGAGAUGCCACCUACCCUACUUGGGCUUAGCAUCAUGAUUAAAGCUAGACUGGAGACCUGGCGUGGCCCAGCCGGGACCCACAGCAUAGCCUGGAUGCUCAGAACUGCUGGGGUCACUCAGCUUUCCUGGCGCCACACAGAAAUGUGUCGCUGGGUAGCUCAGUGGCCAAAUAAAAGACCGGUGUGACCAGUGGGUGGAGGGUGGCGCCUGCCAGAGAUCCAGAGACAGAGAGUGUAUUUAGGCUUAAGAGUCUGUGUGCAGGGAGGGCACUCAGGUCCCGAGGCUCUAGGAAGUAGCCUGAAACACCCUCAGCCUGCCACAGGCUCAGGUGGCCUGUGCUGCAUGGAAGCCUCGGUUAUUCUUAGUGCCUGGAGCCCACCCUUCCUGCCAGGGCGGCUGCCUCCAGCUCUACUCCAGCCCACUUCAUUCCUAUCACAGGGAGGCUUUGGGGAGCUAGGAAGGGAACACAUAGUCUCUUAUUCCUGGGCUCAGCGGAAGGUUGUGGUAGAGCCAAGGUGCCACCCUGCCAAUGUCAAGGGCUGCCCAAGCCAGAAUGGGAGUCCGACUGGAGUAGCCUCAGGAGCAAAGCUGAGGAAAGAGACUGCUUCUCCCAGGGACCUAGCUUUAGCUUUGGAAGGAAGCCCAGGGGCCCAGGGGUUGGGUGGGAAAGGGCUUUCAAAUAAGCUGUCCACCCCCACAGCCUUUAGCAUGCCCACCCACAGGCCUCCAGGGGUGUGCUCUGUAGAGCUGGGGGGAAGCCAGCUCAGUGUUUACAGAGUGAGUGAGUGAGUGUGUGUGUGUGUGUGUGUGUGUGUGUGUGUGUGUGUGUGUGUGUUUGAGAACUCGUGAGCUGCAGAAGCGAGGGCGGGUACAGGGAGAGCCCAGCCUCCUCCCUGGCUCCUAUUUAAGCAUCAGGCGAAUACCGUGGGUCCCAGCAACGGCAGCGAGGAGGCACUUGGCACUUCAGGCAGGUGGUAGCAGCUGUGCCUGGCACCUUGGCAUCCUGCCUGGGCUGCACAUGGCCUGGAACCCAUACAGCUCCUGAUUGCUUCUGCUGGAAGGAGCCUGUGAUUCCGCGGUAUUCCCAGGGCCCCAUCUUCUGAUGAGGAGUGCUUCUUUGACCUGCUGAGUAAGUUCCAGAGCAGUCGAAUGGAUGACCAGCGCUGUCCCCUAGAGGAAGGCCAGGCAGGGGCUGCUGAGGCCACAGCUGCUGCAACCCUGGAGGAGAGGGCAGCUCAGCCCUCUGUGACAGCUUCACCACAGACUGAGGAGUUCUUUGACCUCAUUGCCAGCUCCCAGAGCCGCCGGCUAGAUGACCAGAGGGCUAGCGUGGGCAGCCUGCCUGGGCUACGCAUCACCCUCAACAAUGUGGGGCACCUCCGAGGCGAUGGUGACCCCCAGGAGCCAGGGGAUGAGUUUUUCAACAUGCUUAUCAAGUACCAGUCCUCCAGGAUCGAUGACCAGCGCUGUCCACCCCCCGAUGUGCUGCCCCGAGGCCCCACCAUGCCUGAUGAGGAUUUCUUCAGCCUUAUCCAGAGGGUGCAAGCUAAACGGAUGGACGAGCAGCGUGUGGACCUUGCUGGGAGCCCGGAGCAGGAGGCCAGUGGGCUGCCUGAUCCCCGGCAGCAGUGUCCACCAGGUGCCAGCUAAGGCCACACCCCUGCAGCCAGGCAUGCCCUACCCUGGGCUCUGGGGCCUCACAGUUGUCCACAGUGGCCAUGAUCCCUCAAUAAGCCAAAUCCUCCCAAGGCCAUGAUGGAGAGCCAGCUCAGCCCCCAGCCCUUUCCCACUGAGCCAGAUAGUGGGCACAGCCUUCAAGGACAACACCUCCCCCCCCCAGGGUGGUGGGCUCAGGCUAGAGCUGCUAUAUGGGGAAGGGCAUGCUUCUGUCCCCAUAUGGUCCACAGCUUCCUGCAGGCCCUGCCCUGCCCUGCUCCAGGCCGGGCCUUCAGCAUGUUGGCCCCAAGCCCCGGUGCUGUCCAGAUUCUUCUCAAGUCCUGCCCUGCCAAAUGUGAAACUCUGCCAACUUCCCGAGCUCCCCAGAGGGGCUUCAAAGACUCUUCUGGCGGGGAAAAGGGGACUACAGUGGCAAGGCAUGUUCUGUCCCCCAGCUGGUCCUGGGAUAGCUACGCAGGAGAUACACUCUGAUCUGCCUCACCUCCCCAGGGCAGGCCCUAUCCUGGCCUGUCUGUGCCCAACCUUGCUAUGGGAGAUUGACAGUUUCAAAGUCCAGAUAGUCCUCAGCCUUGCAGUUACCCUUUGAGGAAGGAUGGAUCUUGUCCCUGCAAAGGGACAAGGCAAGCCUCCAAGCCAAAAACACAGGCAGGAUCUUAUCCUAGGAGUGCUGGCUGGCAGUGGGUAUUCAUGAGGAAUCUGAUCAGCUAGAUCUCCAGUCUCCUCAAUGGACAUCCCCCUGUUUUAUUAGGGAGACGGUAUCUUGUUUUUCUCCCCAAGGAGGGGUCCAGCUGUAAUAUCUGAGUUGGAUACAGGGCACUGUGGUUGGGGUGGAGACUCAGGCAGGCAUCUUGAGGUUAUCCUUGACAGUCGCUUGGGGAUCAUGGUCCCAGCUCUUGCCAGCAGGUCCUACAGCUAGCCCUACUGGAGGGCUCCAUACAACCUACUAACCCAGGGCCUCUUACCCUGCAGCCUAGGAGGGGCCAGAGCAAGGGAAACUGAAAAGCUGGACCUGAGGACAGAAGCAGAUAACAGAGCACAGGGUCUUGGGCGGGACAUUGGUGGCCGCCCGCAUACUUGAAUGUACAUGCGUAUUUAUUGCUCACACGUGUUUGCCAUGUUGUUCAUGGGUCCUUUCCAACCCGAGAGGUACGUUUGUUUUGUUUUACCCAAAAAUAAAAGUCUGCCAAGUGAA